AUGAGCAAAGGCCGACCAGAUAUCAGGAUGGAAAUGCCGGAUGAAUUCUACAUCCCCAUUCCUCUGGAAACAACUAACAUUACGGCUCUUAGCCCGUUCCUGGUACCCCAGACGCAUCUGGGAACCCCAGGCGUUUUUAUGAGUAUGUCGGCCUUCAUGUUGUUUACCAUAAUCUUUGGCUUUCCCCUGAACGUUCUGACCAUCAUCUGCACUAUCAAGUACAAGAAACUGCGUUCCCACCUUAACUACAUCCUGGUAAACCUGGCUGUUGCCAACCUUGUAGUAAUCUGUUUUGGUUCCACCACUGCCUUCUACAGCUUCUCUCAGAUGUAUUUCGCAAUGGGUACUUUGGCAUGUAAGAUAGAAGGUUUCACAGCCACCCUUGGAGGAAUGGUCAGCUUGUGGUCUCUAGCUGUUGUGGCUUUCGAAAGAUUCCUGGUCAUCUGUAAGCCCAUGGGCAGCUUCACCUUCAGAGAAAACCAUGCCAUCCUUGGUUGUAUCUUCACUUGGGUGAUUGGGGCUAUGGCAGCUUGUCCUCCUCUACUGGGCUGGAGCAGAUACAUCCCAGAAGGUCUUCAGUGUUCCUGUGGGCCAGACUGGUACACUGUAAAUAACAAGUGGAAUAAUGAAUCCUAUGUACUUUUCAUGUUCUGCUUCUGCUUUGGGUUUCCUCUGACUGUCAUUGUAUUUUCGUACGGACGAUUGCUCCUCACGCUGCAUGCUGUUGCAAAGCAACAGGAACAGUCAGCCACCACGCAGAAAGCUGAGCGAGAUGUGACCAGGAUGGUGAUUAUGAUGAUCCUUGGAUUCUUGAUGUGCUGGCUUCCCUAUGCCUCCUUUGCUUUGUGGGCCGUAACUCACCGUGGGGAAACGUUUGACUUGCGUAUGGCUUCCAUCCCAUCUGUAUUUUCCAAAGCCUCCACUGUAUACAACCCAUUUAUCUAUAUUCUCUUGAACAGGCAGUUCCGAACCUGCAUGAUGAAGCUGAUCUUCUGUGGAAAGAAUCCACUUGGCGAUGAUGAGGACACCUCUGCCUCUGGAUCUACUCAGGUGACCUCUGUGUCCAGCAGCCAGGUGGCUCCUGCAUAACACCAGACACAUACAGCUCCUGUU